AUGGGUUCAGACGUCCGUGACCUGAACUCCCUGCUGCCCCCGGGGCCGGCGGGCCCCAGCCCUGGCUGCCCGGCACUGCCCGUCAGCUCGGCCCCCCAGUGGGCUCCGGUCCUGGACUUCCACACGGCCGCCGCCUCGCCGUACUCUUCCCUGGCGGCCCCCCACACCUCCCUGGGGCCGCACUCCUUCAUCAAGCAGGAACCCAGCUGGGGGGCCGCCGGGGACCCCCACCACCACGACUCGGACCCCCACUGCGGCCUCAGCGCCUUCACUGUCCACUUCUCGGGUCAGUUCACCGGCACCGGGGCCUGCAGGUACGGGGCGGCGUUCGGGGCCCCGGCAGCAGCACCGUCCAGCCAGCCAACGGCGGCCGUGGCCCCCCCACACCACCACCAGCCCUCCAGCAGGAUGUUCAGCAACCCGCCCUACCUGACCAACUGCAUGGACACGCAGCCGGUGGGCCGCAACCAGACAGGUUACGGCGCCGUGGCCUUCGAUGGAGCGGCUAACUACAGCCACACUCCCAGCCACCACAGCUCCCAGUUCAACCACAGCUUCAAGCACGAGGACGCCCUGAGCCAGCAGAACUCCAUGAGUGAGCAGCAGUACCCCGUCCCUCCUCCGGUCUACGGAUGUCACACUCCUUCAGACGGUUGCAGCAGCAGUCAGGCGCUGCUGCUCAGGAAUCCCUACAACAGCGGUGACAAUUUAUAUCAAAUGACCUCUCAGUUGGAGUGUGUGGCUUGGAACCCUGUCAAUACUCUGGCCUCCACCAUAAAGAGCCAUGCAGCCGGCUACGACAGCGACCCCAGCACCCCCAUGGUUUACAGCUGCAGCACCCAGUACAGAAUCCACACCCACGGAGUGUUCAGAGGGAUCCAGGAUGUCCGUCGGGUUCCCAGCAUCGCUCCGGCCAUCGUCCGGUCCGAGAGCAGCGAGAAGCGUCCGUUCAUGUGCGCCUAUCCGGGAUGCAACAAACGCUACUUCAAGCUGUCUCAUCUGCAGAUGCACAGCCGAAAGCACACAGGAGAGAAACCCUACCAGUGUGAGUUCACGGACUGUGGACGGAGGUUUUCACGCUCAGAUCAGCUGAAAAGACACCAGAGGAGGCACACAGGAGUUAAACCGUUCGAAUGCGAGACGUGUCAGAGAAAGUUCUCUCGGUCUGACCACCUUAAGACUCACACACGGACUCAUACAGGUAAAACAAGUGAGAAGCCGUUCAACUGUCGGUGGCCAAACUGUCAGAAGAAGUUUGCCCGAAGUGACGAGUUGGUGCGACACCACAACAUGCACCAGAGGAACCUCACCAAGCUGCAGCUGUCCGUCUGAUCGGGUUAAAUCUGUGCAUAUUUAUCCGUCUCUGCUUCAUUCACCCUCAAAAACCCAACAUCCCAAGUUCUAAAACGUCACUUAUCGCUUCAAAUUCAGGAGCUGCAGUCUGAUUUCUGAGGCAAAAUGCAGAAUCUGUCUGAAACAAAGUCACAUUUAAGGGUUAAAAAUGUGGUGUUCUGUUAUUAAAAGUUCACUCUGACGUUC